AUGACAUUUGAUCAAUCCACAGCCCUUAGUGCCAGUGUGAAUGCGAAUGUCAUAUCAGUAGGCACCGACCCCACCAGCGAAAGCAACUCCCGCAUCGUGGUGGCAUUGUCGUUGGCCGGUGGCGUUACGCAGGAUGUUACCAUCCGCACGGUGGUAGUCACUGCGCACACCGAGGAGGCCGGUAGUGUUUCAACACCGGUGACUUUUAUCGGCAGCAGUGACGCCACCGGCAUCGUUGUGCCAUACAAUGCCAACACCACAAUCAAAGUCAAUUUGGCGCUGUCUUUUGCAUUUAAUCGCGCGUCUACGGUGACGGUGGCCGGUAGUAUUGCCAACUACCUGCUGGCAGAUGAAGUAAAUCGCUUUGUCACUACGCACGCGCUGGCAGGUGCUACGCAGGGUGAUGACCAGGUGAUUUAUGGUGAAAAAAGGAUGCGUCAUAAACUUAUGCUUGACGGCAACGAGGGUGGCGCGUUGGAGUUUUGGUAUGAUGCCGACCCUUGUGUUAGCGUUACGCAGUCAAACGAGUUCGGCUUAGUUUUCGAUGUCACGCACGCAGAUUUCGACCCGGAUGUAGAUGGUGAGUUGUAUGAGUUCAAAGCGGAUGGGCGUGAACUUUGCACCCUCGGUGUCAAAGACGGCUCCGGCAGUAUGACCGGCUUAGAGUAUGCCAGUAUGCGCCAUAUAUCCUGUGGGUCUAUUGAAGCCAUUGACGCGAGUAAAGUCUAUAUGGAUUCGCCUUUUGUGCCUGGUGAUGGCAGUGCCACACUAGGUGAUGCUGCAAAUCACUGGUCGACUUGCUAUGCAAACACGCUUGAAACCAUCCGUAUCAAAAGCAGUGCUGCCAGCGGUAAGAUAGCACUUGCUUCAAGUCUUGAGCCCCUAUCAAACGAUGUCACCAUCGGCACGAGCCUGCGCAGGGUACAUGCUGUGAAUGCCGACAGCUACUAUGAGGGCACAGUGCAAGGGUAUCUUAGCAAGCCGUUUACCACGACGCAGUUGCCGAGUGGUCUUGUGGGUGCAAAUAUUGGCAUAGGGUGCAUCACGCCGUUUGUGGCUGCGCAAGGCGUCAUAGGUGGCAAUAAAGCCGCUGGCGACACUUUCACACUAGCCGUAGGUGCGGCCGUUAUUCCCGAGAUCUUUUUAUCCGGCAAUGCCUUGGUAGUGGAAACCGGCACCCGUGUGCUGCCCGCUGGCACCUACCAGGCACUUGUAAAUAUACGUGACACAUCGCCACACGCCUUUGGCCUUGUCAUGCGCAUUGCAUAG